AGAAUUGUCAUUUUCUCACACAUCUGCAAAACCCUAACGCGCUCUCCCUCUCUCUCGCUUUAUAUCUUAACAAACUCUUACUCUUCAAUUUCGCUGCGCCUCCAUAACCCACCUUCAAUUUUUGUACCUCUCUUUGAAACCCUAAACACUCAGUCUCAAAAGCAACAACCAUGCCGCCAAAGUUCGACCCAAGUCAGGUGGUGGACGUGUUCGUCAGGGUCACCGGAGGUGAGGUCGGAGCAGCAUCUUCUCUCGCUCCUAAAAUCGGUCCUCUCGGUCUAUCUCCCAAAAAGAUUGGUGAAGAUAUCGCCAAGGAAACAGCUAAAGACUGGAAGGGUUUACGUGUCACUGUUAAGCUUACUGUUCAGAACCGUCAGGCUAAGGUCACUGUGGUUCCUUCCGCCGCCGCUCUUGUAAUCAAGGCAUUGAAAGAGCCUGAGCGUGAUAGAAAGAAGACAAAGAACAUCAAGCAUUCUGGAAACAUUUCUCUUGAUGAUGUGAUCGAAAUUGCUAGGGUUAUGAGGCCAAGAUCGAUGGCUAAGGACUUGAGCGGGACUGUUAAGGAGAUUCUGGGAACUUGCGUAUCUGUUGGUUGUACGGUUGACGGAAAGGACCCGAAGGAUCUUCAACAGGAGAUUACUGAUGGUGAGGUAGAGGUUCCUCUUGAUUAAAAUAGAAGGAAGAAAAAAAAAAAGGAUAUUUGUGCUUCUUUUUAAUGUUUAUUAUUCUCAGUUUUGGGUUGUUAAACGGUAUUUAGUUUAAUCUCCAAAUCCUGGUUUUUUUUUGUUCAAUGCCCUAUCAAGUACUACCAUGAAUUAUUAUGAAUGAGAUGUAAGGUUUAUUACUAUUAGCAUUUUGGAUAAUGCUUUCGAUGAAUGCUUCUUAUUCUACAGUAGAAUGAAGAAUGCAUUUCUUA